AUGGGCGAGAGCGAGCACGAGAUCCUUUGGAAUGCGGCGGCGCUCACCUCCCUCCGCCGACCGCAGCUCAUCAGUCUGUCGAAGAAGUAUGGCCUCAAGGCUAGUGAGUUAGCUCAACGACUUUACGACUUCGGCCAAACACUCACGCCUGCGGCGAAGGGCGUCCUCAACAACAACACUGCGACAACCCCGAACCCCCUCGAGACACCAUCCCGACCCAGUGCCAGUCUCACCCCUCUCGUUAACGACCUGAGGAUCAACGGAUCGACCGCGAGCCUCCCCCGCGACAGCGAGACCUGGGAGGUCUUGGACGAGCACAACGCCAGCCUAAUCGAAGAGGAGAAACACACCGGGGCUGUCGGCGAUUCAGCUAGUAGCAACGGCACCGCCGGCAGCAAAGCUAGCGUCUCCUCGUGGAAGACGGCGGCAAAUGGCGCAGCCCUCAACGAGUUUGCUUCCAACCAUUCUGAAGAAAAACCACCUCCUCCUCGUCAACACAAGUCCAGCUUCCGAUCACUCGCAUCAUCAAUUCGACGAACUGCAUCCCAAGCACACCGUCAUCUGCACAAACGUACCUUCUCUGGCAGCUCUGUCGCCACCCUCAAGUCUCCCACAGUCACAACCAAGAAACCUCGAGUGGUCCAGUCAGCAACACUGCCUACAACUCCUGCGAAGAAGAAGGCAUUCCCCUCAGUCAACGACGAGGAGCCCUCAGAGAUUCUGAUCGGAUCGACUCCCGACCCUAACGCCCAGGGUUCGAGGCGCGCCGUGUCAACGUCAUCGGCGCCUUCGCACCACAGGACCAGUACGAUUCGGCUUGUCACCUCGCCCUACGCCGCUGAAGAAAAUUGGGACGCCGACGAACUUCCUCUAACCGGCCCUAAUUCCGUCGCUCAGAUCAAGAAGCGUGUUGUUUCCAAGGGUCCGCCGGUCAUUCUCGAGCCCGCCGCCAAAGUCACGAAGGUCUAUCCGGAACUGCCAACAUUUCUUGUCAACAGCCUGACGCCCAAGUCCAACAAGAGCGUCCCCGGUGCCUUUCCAGGAUCCCCAACCUGCCCUCAGUCCCCCGACGCUAUGGACGUCGACUGUGACAACUUGACCGCUCCCAAGGCCGUGACUGCUUCGAAGUCAUUUGUUGGAUCGCCCUCUAUCAUCGGAGCGACCAUGGUCGCCUCACCAUCGAAGUUUGUCUUUGGGGCCGGUCAGCAGGUCUCGAGCAGCCAGUUCACUGAUGCUGGUGCCAAGCUUCUCGCCGAAAUGCAGGCGAAGCUGGGAGGGUCGACCUUCAACCCCGAGCUUUUGAAGGGCAGGAAGGCGGAAAUGUCGAAGCUUGUCACGACCAACACCAACCUUGGGACCGGAUCUGGCUUCGGUCUGAGGUUGGGAAGCAGCACCGCCGGUGCCGACCGUUUCGCCGCUGCUCAUCAGAAGGAGUUCGCCAAGAUGCGCUCCAACUCCUCCUCCAGCAAGCUCGCCGCAACCUCUGAACCAGCGGAGUCUGUCGAGGCUGGCAAGCGCAAGAUGGCGGCCGCGAGGGAGGCGCCCGCCGAGGCUACCAACAAGCGAACAAAAACAGCUCCUAAGGUACUCAACAAGCUUCGUGAAUCUGUGCGAGGAGCCCCGGCCAAGCCAGUCGCGACGCCCGUUCGGAAACGCACCAGUCUGAAGCCAGAAAGUGCUCGCAAAUUUGCCCUUCUGAGGCAGAAGCGGGCGUCGCUGGCCGCGACGACGUCCGAGACGCCUUACAGCUCUCCGGACCUUUGUACUAGCGACGGCGAGUACGUGCUGGCCGGUACGAAGAAGAGCGCAGUCGACAACGGCAAGAACGCUGCUACUGCUUCUGGCACCUCGCCAUUGAAGGGUGCCCCGCUGAAAGGCUCGCCCGCCAAGAAGCUCUCAUCAAGUGCUUCCAUGACGCGCAAGCCGAUUCCCGACUUCGGUAACCUGCCUCCCUCAACGCUGGAGCCCAUCAAAGACCACAGCAUCGGGUCGGCCAGGUCUUCCGCCUCCAGCACGGGUUCACUCUCCCGUAGCCUCAGGAGCCGCAACCUGGAUCGGAUCGCCAGCGACAACUCGCUGAACAAGACUGUCACUCGCAAGGCAUCUUCCAGCAACCUGCGGGCGCUCUCCAAGAGCAGCUCGCCAAGUUCACUCUCGAAAGGCUCCCUUCCGAAGGGUAGCUCUCCGCGCUCGCGGGCGGCCAGCACUAUCGGAAAGGGGCGACCGACUGGGGAGCCGGUUAACAGCUCUAUCCCCGUGCGCAAAGUCAGCGCGGCUGAUUCGCUGAGUAAGAAGGGCGGUGCCGACAGCGUGCGUACUGGUCUCGCGUCGUCGACCAGUAAGCUCAGUGCUCCGACGGCAGCGUCUCGAGCGCGUAUGCAGGCUACCGUCCGGCCACCCGCGUCGUCUAACCUACGCCACUCAACCAGGGUGGUCUCGUCGUCCAAGAUUAACUCGUCCGCGCCGACGACGACCUCGUUCGGCUCGUUCUCCGUUUCAUCCCCUUUUGGUGAGGCGACCUCCCGAGCGAACGCUCUGGGCACGGGUUUCCAGCUCUCGACCGCGAAGUCGUCCGUGCCUGCCGUCAAAUCGCCCCUCGGCCCUGGUGUUACGAUCAGUGCACCUCGGCCACUUGCGCCGCGAUCAAGCGCCGCUCGUGCUGCCGUCAGCAGCCGCGCCGCCAUGUCGCCGGCUCGCCGAGCGACUAUGAACGCCAAGUCGCCCCUCAAGUCUCCGGCUAAGCACGGGUACGCUGCGCGCACACGGACGAGGGAGAGCGGAAUCUCCGCACUGAAGUCCCCUGGACGUGAUGUGAACCAGCGCCGUGCCGAGAUCCGCGCUAAGCAGGAGCGCUUCAAGGAGGAGAAGGAGCUGCGCGCCAUGCUCGGGGCGUAA